UUAACAUGCGGAAAUGGACUAGAAAUCAUCCCUUGGUCCACCAUCCACAUUCCCAUACGCCGAUGGCGCCCUAAUUCUCCAUUCUCCAUCAUUAACUUUAUCUUCAUUCAGUUUUCUAUAAAUCCCCCACAUACUCAAAGGAUUCCACCACCAAGCCCAAGUGUCAAGAAAAAAUGACGACUUCAAUGGAAAGUGGAAGUUGCAUUGUGGUCAUAAUGUGCUUGGUUUUUGCAAUCACAGCUGAAGCUAACUACUUCAAUAAUAUGCGUUAUGUAUAUGCUCGGCGAGGCUCUUCUUUGUCUCAUAACUACAGAGAUGCUCUCACUAAAUCUCUUCUAUUCUUCGAAGGCCAACGUUCUGGGAAACUUCCUACUGAUCAGAGAAUGAGAUGGAGAGGAGAUUCGGGCCUUUCUGAUGGAUCUGCUGAAAGGGUGGAUUUGACAGGGGGAUAUUACGACGCAGGAGACAAUGUGAAAUUUGGGCUGCCAAUGGCAUUCACUACCACAAUGCUGUCGUGGAGUGUUUUGGAGUUUGGUGGGCGGAUGGGUGACGAUCUCCCACAUGCAAGGAAUGCCAUUCGUUGGGCCGCAGACUACUUGCUCAAAGCCACUGCUCAUCCAGAUACUAUAUAUGUACAGGUCGGGGAUCCAAACUUGGAUCACAAAUGCUGGGAGCGACCCGAAGACAUGGACACACCUCGUAAUGUUUACAAAGUAGAUGCUCAAAAUCCAGGCUCUGAUGUUGCUUCUGAAACCGCUGCUGCUCUUGCUGCCGCCUCCAUGGUUUUCAGAUCCACAGACCGCCCUUAUUCUCAGCUUCUUCUCCAAACUGCAAUGCGGGUUUUCGAAUUUGCUGACAAGUACAGAGGCGCUUAUAGUGAUUCUCUACAGUCUGACGUUUGCCCAUUUUACUGCUCAUAUUCUGGAUAUCAUGACGAAUUACUUUGGGGAGCAGCAUGGUUACAGAAAGCCACGGCGAAUGAAUCCUAUCUGAACUAUAUUCAAAUUAAUGGCCAUACUCUGGGGGCUGAUGAUAAUGUCAAUAUAUUCAGCUGGGACGAUAAGCAUGCAGGAACUAAAGUCCUCCUUGCAAAGGCAUUUCUGCUCAGAAACAUUAACUCCCUUGAGGAAUACAAGGGGCAUGCAGACAACUUCAUCUGCUCUCUCUUGCCAGGAGCACCAACUUCGCAAACCCAAUACACUCCAGGUGGGCUUAUAUACAAAAUGAGCCAAAGCAAUUUACAGUACGUGACGUCCACAUCUUUUCUUCUAUUCACAUAUGCAAAGUACUUGAGCGUUUCUAAGCAAGUAGUCCGGUGCGGGAACAUUGUAGCAACUCCUGCCCGAAUCAGGACUAUUGCAAAGAGACAGGUUGACUACAUUUUGGGAGACAACCCGCUACGAAUGUCAUACAUGGUGGGCUACGGUGCCAAGUUCCCACAGCACAUUCAUCACAGAGGAUCUUCGCUGCCAUCCAUUUAUCACCAUCCUAAAAUCAUAGCAUGCAAUGAUGGGUUUGAAGCACUGUAUAGCAACGCUCCCAACCCAAACACUCUGGUAGGAGCGAUUGUCGGCGGCCCUGACAAUAAUGACCACUUCUCAGAUGAACGGAGUGAUUAUUCCCAGUCUGAACCAACAACUUACAUCAACGCUCCCUUAGUUGGUUCUCUUGCUUAUUUAGCACAUCUUUCUUAGUUCUUCUAUACGUAGUAUGCCUCUUUGUAGACUGUACAUGUGUAGGUUCUGGGGAAUGGUUUAUGUAUUUUCUUAUGCUUUUAACUUACCAAGCACAAAGAAGAAUUUAAAUGAACAUUUUCGAGCCUUGCGAA